GAGAAGAAAAUAAAAAUAAAAACAGAGAGAUGGAAGAAGUUGACACCGCAUCAGAUUUACGCGCCCGCUGGUCCAUUCUCAACUAUGAUGCGUGUGAGCUUCAGACUCUGAGAGAGAGAGAGAGGAAGCAACCGAAUAUUCUCUCUUAGUCGCAUUGCGUUCUGUUUCAGAUCGCGGUUCGUGAUUCGUAAUGUGAAGUUGUUACGGAUUCACACUGUUCUAUUCCGCACCGAAAGAAUAUACUUGCUAAGUUCCAAAAUGUUCACUCGAGGUGAUUUGGAGCACUUUGUUGUGAAUCAACGUGCCAUUUGUUUGAUAGAAGCGGAGAUGAUAAAUUGUUUCUAUUUCGGUUCGUAUCCUAUUUCUGAAUUGUGAUCACAGAUAAAGCAGCUGCAAAAAAUAGUAGAGGUUGUUGCAGAUUCGUAAAUAAGCUACGUUGUGCUGUGAAUGUGAAUUAGGUUAUCGUUGUUACGGUGUGGCGAAAAGGACGGAGAGAGGUUGAGAGGUGAAAAUCCCUUGGUUUGCAAAAUAUGAUGUGUAUGAGAAUGAGUGGGAGAGUGAGUGUUUGUGAUGCUUUUGUUAAUUGGCCAGAAGUGAAAAUAAAGAGAAGGAUUAAAAAACUGAAAAGGAAGGAUGGCCUUGUUUUCCUGUUGGUUGGGGACCAGGUUGUGUGUUGUGUGUUGUGCUGUGCAAAACUACCAGUUCAGGGUCAAUUUCAUAUUUAUUAUUAUGUAAAACUCUGUUACUUCGUUCUCAAGCGUUAUCAGGGUCGCUGCUGUUGAAAGUUUUCUAUUGUUACAUUACAAUUGGUUCAUUGUUGAAGGAAGGAUUAAUAAAAAAGGGAACCUCGCUUUUUAUGCUUUGGUUGGCCCCAGCCAGCUCUUUUUUCUUUUUAAUUUUUCUUUUCCCUCGCUCCUUCUUCUUUAUUCUUCUCUCCCUAUGAAGCUUAGUACCAAAGAAUAAAAGUAAAAGACUCGUAUGUCCUUUAAUCGGACUAAACUAAAAUCAUGAUUGAUCAUCUCUCUUUAAACAGAAGUCUUUUAGGUCGUGAUAUGUUGCCAACCGCCGAUAGUUUACUGAUGAUUAAAGCGAGUCAUGGGCUUUUUCUGAGGUCUUCUUAGCUUGUUAAUUGGGUCGGAGAAAACAUCGGGUAAAGCGAGACAUGGGAGCUAUCGCUGGAGAAGAGCUGCUGAAAUGGGAGAAGAUGCAAGGAGUGAGUGGCCGCGAAGAGAAGAUUCUUGUGUCAAUAAGGCUGAGGCCUCUGAACGAGAAGGAGAUUGCUGCUAAUGAAUCAGCAGACUGGGAAUGCAUUAAUGAUACUACCAUCUUGUAUCGGAACACACUUCGUGAGGGAUCCACAUUUCCAAGUGCCUACACAUUUGACAAAGUAUUUCGGGGUGAUUGUGCCACAAGGCAGGUAUAUGAGGAAGGAGCCAAAGAAGUCGCUCUUUCAGUUGUUGGUGGAAUUAACUCCAGUAUUUUUGCGUAUGGGCAAACAAGUAGUGGAAAGACAUAUACGAUGGUUGGAAUAACCGAAUACGCUGUUGCUGAUAUUUUUGACUAUAUAAAGAGGCAUGAAGAAAGAGCAUUUAUAUUGAAGUUCUCAGCAAUUGAAAUUUACAAUGAAAUUGUUCGGGACCUCCUCAGUACGGACAACACUCCUCUUAGGCUACGUGAUGAUCCAGAGAGAGGCCCCAUUUUAGAGAAACUCACAGAGGAGACUCUUCGAGACUGGGGACAUUUAAAAGAGCUUAUAGCCUUCAGUGAAGCUCAGAGGCAGGUGGGAGAGACAUACUUAAAUGAAAAGAGUUCUAGAUCUCACCAAAUUAUCAGAUUGACAAUGGAAAGUUCUGCCAGGGAAUUCCUAGGCAAAGGCAACUCAGCCACCCUAGUAGCUAGUGUGAAUUUUGUUGAUUUGGCAGGGAGUGAGCGUGCAUCUCAGGCAUCAUCAGCUGGGAUGAGACUAAAAGAAGGUUGUCAUAUAAACCGGAGUUUACUUACUCUUGGAACAGUUAUUCGCAAGCUUAGUAACGGAAGACAUGGACACAUCAAUUACAGAGAUUCCAAGUUGACACGUAUACUGCAGCCUUGCUUGGGUGGAAAUGCUAGGACGGCUAUCAUUUGCACUUUGAGCCCUGCACGAAGUCAUGUUGAUCAGACCAGAAACACACUUCUUUUUGCUUGUUGUGCAAAAGAAGUUACCACUAAAGCACAGGUUAAUGUCGUGAUGUCUGAUAAGGCCUUGGUAAAGCAUUUGCAGAAAGAGGUGGCUAGAUUGGAGAGUGAGUUGAAAACUCCUGGUCCCGUUACUGCCAAUUGUGAUUAUGCAACAUUGUUGAGAAAGAAAGAUAUCCAGAUAGAGAAGAUGGAGAAGGAAAUUAGGGAGCUAACUAAGCAACGUGACCUUGCUCAAUCAAGGGUUGAAGAUUUGCUGCGCAUGGUCGGAAAGGAGCAGAUAUCGGAAAAAGAAGGGGAAGAUAUAUGGGAUGAUGACUGUUCAGUAUCAGAGUCAUCGAGCAUUUGUGGUCCUCAUCGUCCUAAUACACACAUCAGAGAGUUCAACAACCCUCGUUAUAAUGACGGAGACAGUGGAAGUAAUCCUGAUGAAGACACUGAAGAUUACUGCAAGGAAGUUCGAUGUGUUGACAAUGGGGAGUUAACUUCAGCAAUAUCUGGAGAGGAAAGUGGAACAAGCCAGGAAAUAUCUUCACAUUUGAAUGAAGAUGAUGGAGACAGUCAGAUCCAAGAAAAUUCAACACUUCUGGAGCAGAGGCUGCAUGAUGUACAGUCAACCAUUGAUUCUCUCGUAUGUCCUUCCCCUGAUGAGCAAUCUCCACAGGUCAUGUCAGAAAAUAUGUCAAAUUAUAGGAAUCUUCAAUUAACUAGAAGCUGGAGUUGUACGGAGUAUCACAUGACUGGUUCUCCGGAGUCAAUGGGAGAAAUACAGAGGACUCCAGCCAAUGGAUAUGACAAAGGAUUCCCUGGAAGACCAGAUGGUUUGCGGAGGAAGUUUCCUCCAUUAAAUUAUGAUGGUUCCAUAAAAUUGUUAAGGAAUGGUUCUCAGUCUUCCAUGGGAAGUCUUUCUGUGGAUGAUCUUAGAGCGUGCGGCAUCAGAACAUCUGCUGAUGAGGAUAUUGCUAGCAUCCAGACUUUUGUUGCUGGGAUGAAAGAAAUGGUCAAACAAGAAUAUGAAAAGCAGCUUGUUGAUGGUCAGGACCACGAGGCAGGAAGAAAGAGGAACGUGAAAGAUGUAGGUGUGGAUCCGAUGUUAGAGACACCUGGAACUCCUUUAGAUUGGUCUCUGCAAUUCAUGAGUCAGCAAAAGGAGAUAAUUGAACUGUGGCAAUCAUGCUGUGUACCAUUGACCCACAGGACCUACUUCUUUCUUUUGUUCAGGGGUGAUCCAACAGACUCCAUUUACAUGGAGGUAGAACUUAGAAGACUAUCCUUCCUAAAAGAAACAUUUUCUGAUGGGAACCAGUCUGUGAGAAAUAGUCAGACAAUCACACUAGCUUCAAGCGUGAAAGCACUUCGGCGAGAAAGAGGAAUGCUUGUGAAGCUUAUACAGAGGAGGCUUUCCGAUAAGGAGAGAAUAAGGCUGUACGAGGAGUGGGGCAUUUCAUUGGAUUCAAAGCGCAGGAGAAUGCAGCUAGUGAACCGUUUGUGGAGCGAAAAUGAUAUUAACCACGUAAUGCAAAGUGCUACAAUAGUUGCCAAGUUAGUGAGGUUUUGGGAGAGGGGCAAGGCCCUCAAGGAGAUGUUUGGGCUUAGCUUCUCACCCCUAAUCACAGGGCGGAGAUCAUCUUUUUCGUGGAAAAAUAGCUCAGCAUCUCUUUUAUAGUCCUUUUUAUUGUUUUGGCCCGCGCGUGUACAGUGUUAGAGAGAUUUUUAUCAGUGUUUCUGAUUGAUCACACUCUUUCAACUUGUUCUGCAUUCUUUCAAACAUAGAAACGUGAGGAUUGCAGCUUCAUUGAGAUAAGGGAUGUGAGUUAUUGAUUAAAGCCACUUUGGGCGGUUGUCUUGUCUUUUUUUAUCAUUUUGGUGUAUCAUCUAACGAGUUUAAAUUUUUCUCUUCUCUUGGUGCAAGGUUUGUUGUGUUUGUUUCAUUGUAAACUACUUUAAUUUCUCUCACUUUGAAGGAAGUCAGGCAUACGUACUUUUGUAUAUUACACUGAGACGAUCGAAUUGUGCCACGAGGCAGCGUAGAUCAGUAUAGAUUACUUUACAUAA